AUGACAGCUCAACACCUACAGAAAUCUAUGUAUGUUGACAAUUGUGUGGCUAGUGUUAAAAGCGAAGCUGACUUGACAAAGUUUAUAAAUGAAUCCGCAAAAAUCAGGGCUCUCGGAAAAUUUGAUUUACGUGGCUGCCAACACAAUUCUUCUCAGUCCUUAAAAGACAAUUGUAAUGAAUCUCAAGAUGCUUCUCCUCCGUUACAAAACUUUCCAGUUCUUGGUCUUCUUUGGAACAUUGAAAGAGACACGUUAAAAAUUGAUGUCAGAAGCGACACGCAGAGUGAAUCUGUGAAAGUAAUAAAGAGAUAUAUUCUUUCAAAAUGUCACAAAAUAUUUGACCCUAUGGGAAUUACUACCCCCAUAACUUUAAUUCCAAAAACAUUGCUCCAAGAAACGUGGAAAAUUAAGGCUAAUUGGGAUGACAUUCUUCCAGAAGAAAUUGUUCAUAAAUUUCAAAAAUGGAACAGACAGUUACUUCAGUUAAACAAACUAGAAAUACCAAGAGGGAUUCAGGGGCAUAAGAACUCAAAACAUAGUUUGCAUGUAUUUUGUGACGCUAGUCAACAAGCCUAUGCUACUUACAUUUUCUUAAGAUCUGUGAACCAGCAAGGAGUUACUUGUCAUUUAGUAGCAGCAAGAUCACGAAUAGCACCUCUAAAAAGUAUUUCAAUUUCCAGAUUGGAGCUAUUGGGUUGUUGCAUCGACUUGAGGUUUGUCAAAACUAUUUGCAUUGAUUUAGAAGAACUUCGUGAUAUACCUGUUUAUUACUGGUCAGAUUCCAUGAACUUUUCGCGCUGGAUUAAAAAUGAUGAGCAAUUGGCAACGUUUGUAAUGAACCGAGUAAAGGAAAUUAGAUCGGGCAGUGAACCUAAUCAGUGGAAUCAUGUACCUGGAAAUCUAAACCCAACUGACUUACCUUCGAGAGGCUCUUCAGUUAAUACUUUGAUAGCUCGAAGAUGGUGGGAAGGUCCAGCCUAG